GUGAACGGGGAGCUUGACCGGGCUCCCCGCGACGCGACCCUCUCGUCUCUUUCCAUCGCCCGCUGCUCUGCCUCUCGACACUUGUAUCCGGCAGGGAAGGAGUUAUCCCGCCCGGGAGAAAGGCGGAAGCGAAGGAAACUCUCUCCCCUUUCCUGCGAGAUGGAAUGAAAUCACAGCCGGCCCUGGUUGCAGAUACAGGCGGGGACCGCGGUGGAAGGAGAAAGGAACUGCGAGCGGGGCCUGGAUACUGUACCGACGGGCUGCGACAUCCCGUACAGCACUCGGGACGCUCGGGAACCCCGUCCCGCCAGUUUGGCGCUUUUAAGUGAAGUCGCUAAAGCCCGAGGUACGUCGUAACCCCUUAAGAAAGCGUCCUGACAGACUGCAUUACAUCGAGCGCCUGCAGUAGGCUAAAAGGCCGUAACGGACUACUGCAACAGCCGGCGAUACAUCGUGGUACUUUACGGACUAUCGCAUCGCAACAGCCCACGAUACAUUAUAAUGCCUUACUACUCGUUGCAACAGCCCACGAUACAUCGCAGCGCCUUACAAGCAAUUGCAACAGCCCACGGCACUUUGUAACCCUUUAGAAACACAUUGUAACAACUUGCAUUGCGUCGUGAGUUUCGGAUACGUCCCAAUUCUUACGAAACAUCUUAAAACUUUGCGUUAUAUUGUGUCCGCGAUACAUUCUGCGGCCUUAAGAAAUAUCCCGGCAGCCCGCGAUACGGUGUAACCACUGAAGAAAAGCGGGGCUGACUAGGACGCUCGGUAUAUAUGGUGAAAGAGGGUAUCGGGCAGAGGUUGUGGCACCGUGUGCGAGUUUGGGACGGCGCUGGGACUGAGCCGGAGCGAGGCAGGAGCCCGGGACCAGAGUGGGCGGUCCAAGCGGGCGGGCGAUGCCCCGGUCGGGACGAUGAGCGAGCGUUGCCGGCGGUUCUGGAGCCUAUUCUUCCUCUACUGCUGUCUGUUGGGGGCACGGGCAGCCGGCAGCGCCGGGUCGGAGCCCACCCCGAGCCCGCAGCCGGGACCCUGGGGACGGCACCGAGUGCACGCUGGAGCCCCGUGGGAGAACCAGGCACGGCAGCGUCGCUUACCGCCUGGCUCCCAGGUAACCGUCCCGUACGUGUUGCUGGCUGGGAAGCGUCGCAGGCUGGAUGCAACGUUGCAGGAUAACCCCCCGAUGAGACUGGUGUGUGAGAUUCAGAUCGGAGGCCGGAGGCUGACAUUGGAGUUGGAACAGAACGAGAACCUGCUCCCAGACUCCCACCGCCUGAUGUUUUAUCUUCCCGAUGGAACGAUCAUCGCUGACCCUGACAGCAAUACUGUGAACUGUUACUAUCACGGGACGGUGCAAGGUUUCUCCAGGUCCCGGGUCAGUGUCAGUAUCUGCUCGGGUAUGAGGGGCCUGCUGGAGUUGACCCCAAACUGGACGUACGGGAUCGAGACACUGUUCGGAGACCCCGGCGGGGAGCACCUGGUUUACAGGAUGGAGGGGAUCCACUUCAACACCAAGCGCUGCGCAGUGGGGAAGGACGUUCAGGAGAAGACCACAGACCCACCACCUGAGGAGGCAGCCCACCGGCGGAGACGCGACAUCCUGACGGAGUCCAAGUAUGUGGAGCUAGUGAUGGUGGCUGACAGCAACGAGUAUCAGCGAUAUGGAUACAACCUCAAGACCAUACAGACGCGGAUGUUGGAAAUCGCUAACCAAGUUGACGCAUUCUACAGGCCGCUGAGCAUCCGCGUGGCGCUGGUAGGGGUGGAGGUUUGGACCCAGGAGAACCCUUUUGAGAUUAGCAGCAGCCCCGGAGACACCCUGAACCGCUUCCUGAAAUGGAGGGAAACCUACCUUGUUCCGAGGAUCCACCACGACAACGCUCAGCUGCUGAUAGGGAGCUCGUUUCCGAGUGAAACAGUUGGCAUGGCAUCCCAGAGUUCCAUGUGCUCCAAGGAUCGUUCAGGAGGCGUCACCGUGGACCACUCUGUCAGCGUGCUGGCCGUGGCCUCCACGGUGGCUCACGAGCUGGGGCACAACUUGGGCAUCAGCCACGAUACAGACGACCGGCUUUGUGACUGUCAGAAUUCGCGGAGACUGGGCGGGUGUAUCAUGGAGCCGUCCACUGGGUUCCUCCCAGGCCAGGUCUUCAGCAGCUGCAGUCGGAAGGACCUGGAACACAGCCUGCGGCACGGAGAGGCGAUGUGCCUCUUCAACUUCCCCACCUCUGGAAGUCUGUUCGGGGGCCAGAGGUGCGGCAACCUCUACCUGGAGAAUGGCGAGGAGUGCGACUGUGGGCUGGCAUUCGAAUGCAGGGAUCCCUGUUGCAAUGCCACCACCUGCAAGUUGGUGCCCGGUGCCCAGUGUUCUUCUGAUGGAGCUUGCUGUGAAAACUGCCAGCUGAAGAAAGCAGCCACCCUUUGCCGUCCACCCCUGGGGGACUGUGACCUCCCUGAGUACUGCACAGGACUCUCACCCUACUGCCCGCCCAACGUCUUCCUGCGCAACGGCCUGUCCUGUGAUGGCGGGAGGGCCUACUGCUACAACGGAGCCUGCCUCACCCUCCCAGCCCAGUGCCAGGUCCUCUGGGGCCCAGGCUCGGUCCAGGCCCCCGACAUCUGCUUCUCCAUCAACACCAAGGGCGAUAUCUACGGCAACUGCGGUGAGACACCCAACGGCACCUUCCUCCGCUGCUCCGAAGAGGACAGCCGGUGCGGGAAGCUGCAGUGCGAUGGGGGCAGCGACCGGCCGGUGCUGGGCUCCAACGCCCAGAUCCUGGUGACCAAGGUGCAGCGCGGUGAGCAGGAGCUGAACUGCCGGGGCACGCACUUCAACCUCGGCGACGACAUCGCUGACCCUGCCCUGGUCAUGCCCGGCACCGUGUGUGGGCAGGGCAAGGCUUGCAUUGACAGGAAGUGCCAGGACGUGGCUGUGUUUGGGGUGGAAAAGUGCCUGAGCAAGUGUAAUAACCAUGGGGUCUGCAACAGCAAUGACAACUGUCACUGUGACGCAGGGUGGGCACCACCCUUCUGCUCGGGGUCAGGGUAUGGAGGGAGCAUCGACAGUGGGCCUGUGCAGGAGGCACAAGAGAGCCAUGCCCUUGUAGUGGCCUUAGUCCUAACCCUCCUGUUUGCCGCCGUCGUUGGCCUCCUGUGUUAUCUGAAAAGAGACGUGGUGCGGAGCGAGCUUCAGAAGCUAGGCAAACGUCCGCAGCGGCGCAGGGAUUCCAGGGUGGAAAAUGGGAGUUGGGCGCCUCCUGUGGGCCGAAUGCGGUAUAAACCUCCUGACCGAAUACAGACAGAACUGAGGCCAGCCCUUACAGUCAAGCCUGUCCCUCAACCACCCUCCAGAUCUGCUCCACCUACCAUGCCUCUUCCGCCUGACCCUAUGGUGAAUGCUCGCCAGCAGAAUGUCCCAGGAAGACCACCUCCACUCUGCAAGUCACUGCCUCGGGACCCAGCCCUCAGGAAUAGCCAGCUUGUCUCCCGGCCGCUGCUGGUCCAGAAGCCUUCUCCCCCCAGGAAGCCCCUGCCGCGGAACCCAGGAACACGACCUGUGACCCAGAGGUCAGCGUUGCAGUUUGAGGAAGAUUUCAUUCCUGACCACUGUGGGCCCCCCACCAGGGCCCCACCACCCCCUCCGGGGAAGAAUCUCCCCCCACCUGCUCUGCCCUCGGCCAGCUGCUGACCACUGCCCCCCCCCAGUGACCAGGGCCGGGGCACAGAGAGAUUCCAGAGGAUGUCUGCAUAUCCUCUCACACUACCCUUGCGAGGAAGGGACCUCGGGGCCAGACACGGCGGAAGACGUCGGCCAUCGCCGGGCGGGGUGGGGGGGGGGCAGUGGCCGUGCGGCCAGGACCCAGUGGUGGACGGCGGUCACUGGCUGGAGGUGGUGACAUCAUUGUGGGGGUGGUGCAUGGGAAGGAGUCACUGUGGGGAUUCUCAGCGUCUUAAACUGACUGACCCCAACUUCCCACCCCUGGAGUCCGGACAUGGUGAUGACUCAUGAUCGCCCCCUCCCACUGUGUGGUGCUCCCUCCUCACCGCCCCUCCUACAGUCUAGCAUGCCCGGAGAAUUUAAGCUGUGCCUAACUAAUAGAUCUAGCAUGUGAAUAGGCCAUUUGGCCCAUCGAGUGCAUGCAAACCACACCCAUCCCCCAUCCCCAUUCUCUCCGCAUUAUCUUAUCAGCACCCCACCCCCCAGGUCUGACCCUCACUCGUACGGCAGGGGAGCAAAUCUGCUGCAGCCAGCGUGUUGUCGGGAUGUGGGAGGGAACCUGAGCACCCGGGGGGAAACUUGAGUGGUCACGGGGAAACGGUGCAAACUGCAUAGACUCUCCCGCGUACGUGCGCGCACACUCCUGCACCGGAGGUGGGGAUGGAACCCGGUUGUCUGGAGCCGUGAGGUAGCGGCUCUAUCUACCCACUGUGCCUUUUGAAUAAAGUUCUAUUCAGGUGUCCUUUAUUCUUGUCCGGUGACUGCUCCGUACUGCUUGUAUAAUUUGUCUCACAACUGAGGGUGGAGUAGUGACUGGUGUGUAGACCCCCUCCUCCCCCCAAGUCUACAGACAGAAGAGAGGGGAUCGCCAGACAGAGGAAUGACUUCGGAGGGCAUAUUCGGUCUGCCUCUCAGAUUCUGAUUCAUUUAUUUAUCACGUGCACAUCGAGAAACAGUGAAAUGUGUUGUUUGCAUCUGGGUCUAAGGCAGCGCUGGGGGCAGCCUGCAAGGGUCACCACACGUUCUGGCACUAACUUCAGUGUGACCCCUCCCUCUCUCACCCCCUCCCUCCCUCUCUUGCCCCCUCCCUCUCU